AUAGUUUUCAAAAAACCAGUUUUAUAGUUAGGGGUAUGUUAUGCCCAUGGAGGUUUGGGCUUCUCUGUUAAUUUAAAAAAAGAAAAAAAAAUUUAAUCUUUGGUCAGUCAGGUGGGCGUUUAAGACUAGAGUCUCCCAGAUUUGAUCCGUGAUUUCUUCUGGAUCACGGGGCUGUUCUUGAUCUCUCUUUUCUACCACCAGUAUAAUCUUUAGUCCUGCACUUUUCCUCCUUUUCUUUUUCUUGCUGUUCUGCGAUUCAGAGCGGGCUUUGCUCGCUGAUCAUUUCGCCUUUAGACGACACCUGCCUGGGGCUAUUGGGGAGAGAAGGGCUUAAGAUUUGAGAGAGCCUUGGAGAACAGUGUUGGAGAAGAAGAUCAAAAGGAAUGGGAGUUUGGAUUUCUGGGCGUGGGAGAUUAUAACUCUAUGAUGCACGUUAUGAUGACGAUAGCCUUCCUCUUCUUUCACUCCUCCCUUUUGACUGCAUCUGGUACUCCCACCUCACACCACACGAAGAAGCCAAAAGCACAAGAAAAGGAAACCGCUUCUCACCCUCUUCCUUCCGCUUUUCACUUCUAGCUUUCUUAAUCUCCUCCUCCUUCCACUCUUCUUCCUAAACUUGCACGAAGGCCACAUUUUGCAUUACAAAUUUCUUCCGAGAACAAUGCCGCAGUUCCAACAACAUCCUUCCUGGAGCGUGGAUGGCGGCGGGCUGGUUCUAGAUCUGGAAACAGCUGUCAAAGAUGGCAUCUUGGGAGGUGCCGCCGGCGGUGGUGGAGCGCUCUCUGGCGAGAAGCUGGAUCUGAAGAAGAUGAUAGAGGAACUCGAACCAGCCGGCGCCGAUGACAUUCCGUCUGUCUUCAUCUGCCCUAUUUCUCUCGAUCCAAUGCUCGAUCCGGUGACGCUCUGCACAGGACAAACGUACGAGCGCUCCAACAUCCAAAGAUGGCUUUCAAUGGGUCACCGGACUUGCCCCACCACUAUGCAGGAGCUUUGGGAAGACGCCGUCACCCCAAACCGAACUCUUCACCAUCUCAUCCACACUUGGUUCUCCCAGCGCUAUCUCCGUAUGAAGAAGCGUUCCGAGGACGUCGGAGGCCAAGCGGCGGAGCUUCUGGUCUCUCUACGCCGGGUCAAAGGCCAAGCUCGCAUUCAAACUCUUAAAGAACUCGGAAAGCUCGUAGCUUUACACUCUACUGCAGCUAGAAAAGCCGUCGCGGACGCCGGCGGCGUUACUCUGCUAUCUUCUCUCCUCGGCCCCUUCACCUCCCAUGCCGUCGGAUCCGAGGUCAUCACCAUUCUCGUGAACCUCCAGCUUGAUUCCGACGCGAGGAACAGCCUGAUGCAGCCUGCUAAAAUCUCCCUUGUUGUUGACAUGCUCAACGAGGGAACCGUGGAUACCAAGAUCAAUUGCGCUCGAUUGAUUGAACUUUUGAUGGAAUAUCGAAACUUUCGUUCAGAGAUCCUCUCAAGCUUGAGUCUUUUGGUCGGAUUGUUGAGACUCGUCAAGGAUAAGAGACACUCAAAUGGGGUCGCCGUUGGUCUCGGGCUCUUGAAGACAAUCUGCAACCAUAAACAGCAGGUUAGAGGUCUCAUGGUGAGCAUCGGUGCGGUUGCUCAGCUCGUGGAGCUUCUGCCUCAUUUGAGUUCUGAAUGUUUGGAAUCGGCUCUUCAAAUCCUGGAUGAGCUUUCUUCUCUUCCUGAAGGCCGGGCAUCAUUAAAGGAUUGUUCUCAGACAAUUCCCAACUUAGUGAAACUUCUGAUGAGGGUUUCUGAAGCAUGUACUCAGUACGCCCUUUCUAUACUUUGGUGUGUGUGCAAACUCGCACCAGAUGAAUGCGCCUCACUCGCCGUCGAGGCCGGUUUGGCGGCGAAGCUUCUGCUUGUUAUUCAGAGCGGCUGCAGCCCUUCUUUGAAGCAGAGAUCGGCUGAGCUUUUGAAGCUCUGUAGUUUGAAUUAUACUGCUACACUCUUCAUCUCAAAAUGCAAACUUACGAGGACAAUUCAAUGAGUGGCAGAGUGGUGUAUAUCUAUUUUGGUUGCUGUUCAUUUGAAGGUCAUUUUGAAUAUGCAAAAGCAGCUGUAAAUUAUAAGGAGGUGAAUAAUAAAUACUGCUGUGUUUUCCCUGCUUUCUUCUGAGGAAGAAUUGAUCUGUGUAGCCUGCUGAGAGGUGAAAAAAGCCAGCCUCCUCCUCAAUAAGUUGAUGAGGGUCAAGAGAUUGGGUGCUGUUUUCCUCACAGGUUGGAAAUGGUUCUCUCUUUUCAUUACGAUAUGUCUAUGUGCUUAUUCCUUGGGAUGAUUCAGCAUUUAUGCUGGAUUUUUGUAUACAGUUUUUUGUUGUAAUUGAUUCCUCUGAUAAUUCUAUAACUUUAU